CUACAAAGUUAAGUUUUUUAGGGUGUCAAGUGUCGCAAUUGUGGUCGCAUUAAUCGCCUUUGUUUGCAAUUUUCUACCAUAUCAAGGAUUGUGACGAAAUCGCGACUGCAAUUUAUAGCCUUGUUUGUUAGAACAAAAUUUCCUUCUGGGUAGGGUAGUCUAAUUUUGAAAUCUUUGAAGUGUGAAGGAAUUGUUUUGAGUCCUUUGACAUAUUCAUCAAAUUUGGUGCAUGAUGUUCCGAGGUGGUUCAAUGAGACGUUUUUGUUACCUUUAUCUUGUUGUUCUUUCAUUGUUUUUGUUCAUACCAAACACUUAUGAAUUAGAAGCAUCUCAGACUGAAGCCUUGUUGCAGUUAAGAGUUUAUCUAGAGUACCCCUCUUCUUUGCAAAUUUGGGAGAAUUACAAUGGGGACCUAUGCAGCCUUCCUCCCUCUGCAAACUUGAGUAUUAAAUGCGAAGGUGAUGAGGUAACUGAGCUUAAAAUUAUGGGUGAAAAGUCUGAGAAGCCAUCACGGUUCAAUGGAUUUGCAGUUCCUAAUCAGACCCUGUCCAUGAAUUUCUCCGUUGAUUCAUUUUUCACCACUUUGACAAGGUUGACCAGCAUAAGGGUUCUUAGCUUGGUGUCCUUGGGGAUUUGGGGGCCACUCCCUGAGAAGAUUCACCGUUUCUCUUUGCUUGAAGUUUUAGACUUGAGCUGUAAUUUCUUAUUUGGAGCCAUCCCACCAAAAAUGUCCACCAUGGUAAAGCUUCAAGCACUGACACUUGAUGACAAUUAUUUUAACACCACUAUGCCUGAUUGGUUUGAUUCAUUGUCUAAUCUAAACAUCCUGAGUGUGAAGAGCAAUGGCUUAAAGGGUUCAUUCCCCUCCUCACUUUGCAAAAUUGAGACACUUGAAGUUGUUUCCUUGUCACACAAUGAGUUGUCUGGGGAAUUGCCUGGUCUCAGUUCUCUCGCUGGCCUACAUCUGCUGGAUAUAAGAGAAAACCAAUUAGAAUCUGAACUACCAUUGUUGCCUAAAUCAGUGAUCACAGUUCUUCUUAGCAAUAACUCAUUCUCAGGAGAGAUACCUAAGCAGUUUGGUGAACUGGAUCAGCUUCAACAUCUAGAUCUUUCUUCAAAUCAUCUCAGUGAGACACCCCCAUCUACCUUGUUUUCUCUGCCUAAAAUAAGUUAUUUGAAUCUGGCAAGCAAUGUGCUUAGUGGGACCCUCCCAGGAAAACUUAAUUGUGGGAGUAAACUUGGGUUUGUGGACAUUUCUGGUAACAAGUUAAGUGGUGGACUUCCUUCUUGCUUGGCCAAUACUUCUGAUAGUAGAGUUGUUAGAUAUGCUGGAAACUGUUUAUCUGUUGAUACUCAGAACCAGCAUAGAGGGUCUUAUUGUAAAAAAUCUAGCUCUGGAUGGAAGAGCUUUAAGACAUGGUUAGUAGUUGUAGUAACGACCAUUAUUGUUGGAUUUGUUCUUGUGCUUUUGGUGUCUGGAGUAUUCUUAUGGAAAAAAUGUCGCCCCAGAAAGAUUACCGGGAAGGAUCUAAAGAUUGUUCAAGAUAACUCCUCAAGGACCUCAACUGGGGUUUCAUCUGAGAUCCUUGCAAAUGCCAGAUUCAUUUCUCAAACAGUGAAGCUAGGGACACAAACUACUCUGACCUGUCGACAAUUUUCGAUAGAAGAAUUGAAGGAAGCCACCAGAAACUUUGAUUUGUCAAGUUAUAUUGGUAAAGGCUCCAUAGGAAAGCUGUACAAAGGUAAACUAGAGAAUGGAUCCUAUGUGGCGAUACGUUCUCUGGCUCUGUCAAAGAAAUGCUCAAUACAAAAUCUUAAAGCCAAAUUGGAUUUACUCUCAAAGCUUCAACAUCCAAAUUUGGUGAGCCUUUUGGGCCAUUGUAUUGAAGGUGGUGGACUUGAUGAUUCCAAUUCUCACAAACUUCAUCUUGUAUAUGAGUAUGUGCCAAAUGGGAAUUAUCGUACCCAUCUGUCAGAAUUUUCUGUAGAGAAGGCACUUAAGUGGUCUGAUAGAUUGACAAUUUUAAUUGGAGUUGCUAAGGCAGUGCAUUUCUUACAUACUGGUGUCAUACCUGGCUGUUUUAGUAACCAACUAAAGACAAAAAAUAUCUUACUUGAUGAACACCGCAUUCCAAAACUAAGUGACUAUGGUAUGUCCAUCAUCACAGAAGAUAUUGAAAACUUUGAGGCAAAGGGUGAGAAGCCAAAAUCAAGCGUGAGGACAAAAGCGGAGGACGAUGUCUAUAAUUUUGGAUUCAUAUUGUUUGAAUCACUUGUUGGACCAAUAGCAUGCGACAAAGGCGAAACAUUUUUUCUAAAUGAAAAGGCAUCCUUUGGCAGUCAAGAUGGUAGAAGAAAGAUUGUGGAUCCUAUAGUGUUAACCACUUGCUCUCAAGAGUCAUUAUCAAUUGCAAUAUCAAUCACAACCAAAUGCAUAUCUCCAGAAUCUUCAAUUCGUCCCUCCUUUGAGGAUGUUCUAUGGAACUUGCAGUAUGCAGCUCAAGUCCAAGCCACAGCAGAUGCAGACCAGAAAUCAGAUUAAUUCUACAUAACAAACUGUGUAGGGUAGUGUAGGAGGCUCAAAACUAGAGAUCUAUAAGUAAAAACACAAAGCAAAUAUAAAGGUAUAGUUGUAAAAAAUGUUCACCCCAUUUGUUUUUUUCUUUUUGUUUCUUCUAGAGUUCCCCUAGGACAUGGUUAGUUAGAAUAUUCACAAACCUCUUUAAAGGAAGAGGGGAUUAGGCAAAUGAAGCAAAUCAUGAACUUGACUUACUACUCAUAGGAUGAAUUCAAUGCUUCUAGAAGAUAUUUGGUGGAAAUAGUAACCAUGGAUUAUGGAAGCUCAACUUCAAAGAGUUAUAUAUAGGGUAAAAAGAUUUCUAUAGUCGAUGUAUGGUACAUCGUGUUAUGUUGUAAAUUUAGUUUCAUGUAUUUUUAUGAAAAUAACUGAAUCUUCGAUAGAUUAGAGAAAAACAAAAGAAGCAUUUCAUGACAUUUCAAAAUAUUAUUUUCCUCUUGCCACUUAUUUCCAGCAUAAUGUGUUGUUUAA